CUCUAUCAGAAUGAUCAGUCUAUUUAUACAACAGAGGUCACGGCCGGCGAAUGAAAAUUCAAUUUAGCGAGCUUUUAUUCAAAACAUUGCAGUUAUUAACAUGGAUGUAUCGACGUUAUAUGAAUUCACAGAUGCAUUUGAGGUAACGAACAACGUAAAGCAAACAUUCGACGAAUAUGGAUAUGUAGUUAUCAGGUAAAUAUACAUAAACCUACUUAAUAAGGUGGAACUGGAAAAGCUCAAAGGAACAUUGGAAGGCGACAAUGCCAGAGCGAAAUAUGGUUUUGCAAGGGAUGAUGGGAUGGGAAAGAAGGCGAAGUAUCUGUGUUGGAAUCACCCUGGUAAUGACGUCACUGGUUUGCUUGCGAGAAGUGAAAAAGUAGCGGGAACAUUUGAAAAGUUACUUGGAGGGGAGCUGUAUCACUACCAUACUAAACUAAUCAUGAAGGACGCUUUCGAGGGAGGAGCACACAAUUGGCACCAGGAUUAUGGAUAUUGGUACCAUAACGGGUGUAUAAAGCCGGAUAUGGGCUCAGUAUUUAUUGCAGUAGACAAGGCGGAUCAAACAAAUGGAUGUUUAAAGAUAGUUCCCAAGUCUCAUAAACUCGGAAGAAUUGAUCAUAUCGCAGUUGGGGACGAAGUUGGGGCUGACCCAGAGCGCGUCUCUCAGAUUCUACCUGUUCUUCCAUUGGUUCAUGCCGAACUCGAGGCUGGUGAUGCUGUCUUUUUUCACUCAAAUGUUCUACACAGAAGUGAGCAAAACUCUAGCCCAAAUAGGAGAUGGGCGUUCAUAAUAGCAUACAACAGGGCAGAUAAUAAUCCAGUCAAGGUUCACCAUCAUCCACAAUAUACACCCCUCAACAAGGUGCCAAAUUCAGCAUUAUUGAACUGCGACGAAGUGGCAAACGAUGAAGGAAAAGAUUUCUUCUUGGGGCAAUCUAAUGAAAACAAAUCUCUUAAGGAGAGGACUGUUGAUUAGGGUAGAAAAAUACGACUUUGCGACCAGUCUGUGUAUGACGUCAGAACUGUGCGUUCGGUAAAGCCAAACAUGCAUUAAUGGCGCAAAAUUCAACUUACUCCAUGAAGCCCCAAACUUAAGCUUCAUUUACUGUAUUAAAAACACCUCUCUUAUCCAAAUAAUAAAUAGAUUGGAAGUUUAAAGAGGUAAAAAAUGACAUAGUACCAAAGAAAUAUAUUGCAUCAAAAGUUAGAGAAACAAAAAAGAUAUUGUGGUGUCAACCACACUAUGGAUGAUUCUAUAGAGAGGUUUGAACAUCUCACGAUGUAGGGUGCUUAAUAUGCCCCACCUUAAAUGUAACGGAACAUCCUUUAGAAAAACAC